GUUUGAAUAAGCGAUAUGGAUGUUUGAAAUAAAUUGAAAUAGACGAAAACUUUUGUUCAAGCGGUUGAAAGAAUCUUCGUAAUGUUUCAUCGCAUGGCGACACCAUUGUUUGUUCGUGUUCCCGUCACAAACAUUGGUGGUAAGCGGUUAGCGAAAAUAAAAGUGUCGGGUUGAUUAACUGUUAAUUCAAGGUUUUCAUUUAAGAUCGUGACAAAGAGAACAUUUUUUAACGUAAAAUGUCGCACAUUCCGUCAAUAGAUUAUUUCAACAAUGCUAUUUGGAAUAUUCAACCAGUCUUUGAUAAACCGUCUUCACAAGAUCCCUCUACAUCACACUCUGAAAAUUUCGUAGUCGUCCCCCAGAGCCAGCUAGAUUCUUCUAUCCGACUGAUAAAUUCUGAAUUCGAGAUAAUGGGUUAUUCAAAAGUUUUAAGGGUGGAAAAUGGAGAAAUUCAAAUCACUAUGAAUAGUUUUAUUGAUGGUGUGUUAAAGUUGAUUACAUCCUAUCGUAAAAGUUUAAAUAGUCGUGAAGAAAUUGAAUUAAAUUUUCAUCGUGUACAGUCAGAUUUAACUCAAGUACAAAAACUUUAUCGAAGAUGUCAGCAAAAUUUGGAAGAAACACAAAGAUCAAAUGAAUUAAUCAAAGAAAGGGAAAAACAAGCUUUAAAUGAUAAAAAGUUACUUAAUGAUCGUUUGAAAUCUACAUGUAAUGAACUUCGUAAAGUUCAGUCAAAUUUCCAACGACAUGAAAUCCAAUUUCUACACGAACGUCGUAAGCUAGAGAAAGAAGCAACGGAUCUUCGGAAACGCUUAACAUUUUUAAUUGACAAAGCCACUCCUAACUGGAACAAAGGACAAAAAACAAAUAAACUGUCUUGUUCUCCAACGGUUUUAUCAAUGUCACAGUGGUUUUUAUCGUCAGAAGUUGAUAAAAAGCCUGAAAUAACAAAUGGGGAACCAUCCAGUUCCCGGAGAUUUGGAAGUACAAUUCGAACUAAUUCUGGUUUAGGUAGUGCCAAAUUUGAUUCAGCUACCUCAGUCAAUAACUUUGAUUCUCACAUCAAAGACGAUUUGGAUGUUCAAACCUCCAGGGCUGAUUUAUCAUCAUUAAUAGUUCAACAACUGGAAAGUCGCCAAAAUGACUUACUUUAUGAGAAUCGUGAACUUCGAGAUCUUGUCAGUCAACUCUCUCUAAGAAUGAUUCGAUUCACUGAUUUUCUCCAACGACAUUGUACUACAUGGGUACAAAAUAAUGAUAAUGUGCUUCACUCCAAUGAAUUCGAUGAUGAAUUCUUUUCACUUGAUGACGAAGAAGACGACGGCGAUGAGUAUUUUAGACGAGAAUCAUCCGACGAAGAUUAUUCAACUAUUGUCAUGUCUAAAGAAAAUGGUCGUAGAAAAUCAGCUCUUGUUAAUAAUCUUUUAAUUGAAUUACCGUAUGCAGUAAUUCGUGAUGAUCUUACCAGACGCGUACGUUAUGUAUCUCGAUGUCUUUGGUGUAAAUUAAAAUGUUUAGCCAAACACUAUACGACAAAAACAGGAGUAACAACGGAGAGAAAUGUAACAGAAAAUGUUGUAAAUUCACAAACUUUUGUAUUAGACCUCCCAAGGUCUAUUGAUGGAGAUAAUGAAUAUAAUGAAGUGGAACUAUUAAAAAGUCAGUUAGCUGAUGUGAAAUCUUUGGCUGGUUGUAAGUCUUUAUUAAAGGGGAAAGAGUUGAUUAUGGAGGAUAUUUUAUUCUCAAAUUAUAACUUGAACAAACUGAAAACUUUGAAUUUAACCAGUUCGAAUCCGGAACUUGAUGGGAAAAAUGAAGUACACUUUGACAAACAUAAUGUUCCUUUAUUAUUGAAGGAAUCCAGGAUUCGAAUUUCAAAGAAAAAUAGAACGGACAGCUCCUCAAAUUCAUCAGAUAAUUUACUUUAUUCUCCAUGUAAUUAAUCUUUGGCUUUUAUUAUCUAACUGGUUUUGACUUGAAGCAAAGGUGCCAGUCACUCCUACUCAUACUGCUUUCACCAAACCUCUCAUUCUUACUCGUGCAAUUAUAUGGAGAAAAACAUAUAAUAGUAAUCAAGCAGGAUUGUUCUUUUGACUCAUUACUCAACAUUCAACGGACUAUUACAAUAGAUAAUGGCUACACCAAGCCUAUUCACUAUUCGCUUCGAACAGUUUCGGAUUCGUACAUAUUUUCUUUUACAGUGUAAAUACAUGCUUCCCCUUCAUUAAAAAUAAUGUCCGAUCUUUUUGAGCAGUGCUUUGUAUCACCAUACAUUUAAAAUAUAAUUAUAAGUACUA